UCUGAGGCGAAAAUUCGAGUUUUGCGCGAGAUCUUGAGUAAAAAAACAUUAUGCCCAAGUGCGAUGUUAAAACUAGAUACAUACCAGCGACUUUUGCUUGGACUUUACUGUUGGUAGCCACAACGUUGUUCUUCUACUACCCAGCCCGAUACUACUUAGAGGAUUAUCCAUGGGUGCCCGCGUACCAAGGAGUGAUCACGUUCUUCGUCCUCGCCAAUUUCACCCUCGCUACGUUCAUGGACCCGGGGGUCAUACCAAAAGCCCCUCCUGAUGAAGACCGCGAGGACGAUUUCAGGGCCCCCUUGUACAAGAACGUGGAGAUCAACGGGAUUACGGUGCGGAUGAAAUGGUGCGUCACGUGCAAGUUCUACAGACCACCGAGAUGUUCACAUUGUAGUGUUUGUAACCACUGUAUAGAAACUUUUGACCACCACUGUCCAUGGGUCAAUAAUUGCAUUGGGAGAAGAAAUUACCGAUUUUUCUUUUUCUUUCUCAUCUCACUUAGCUUACACAUGAUCAGUAUAUUUACUUUAAGCCUAAUUUACAUCCUCAAAUAUGGUGAUACUUUCUCCAACGCUGAACCAAUUAUUGCUUUUGUCUUAAUGGGUUUGGUGGCUUUGUUAGCUAUACCAAUUUUUGGCUUAACAGGGUUUCAUAUGGUUUUGGUCUCGAGAGGAAGGACCACCAAUGAACAAGUCACGGGGAAAUUUAAGGGCGGUUACAACCCCUUCUCGAGGGGCUGCUGGGACAACUGCUGCUACACGCAGUUUGGGCCCCAAUUCCCAAGUCUCAUAAAGCCCCACAAGUACAACGUGAAGCGCAAGCACUGCCCCCAUGGCCCCAUCGCGACCAUAACAAACGACAGUCAGGUCAAGACCUACAUGGAUAACAGCAACGGCAUCCGCAACAUCAACUCCAACGCCUACAACAAGUUGUCCCCUGGUCGAGACGGCUGUGAACUGGACAUGGAGCCGUCGGCGUCACAAUCGCAAGAUUGCGAGCCGACGCCCCCUCUUCAGCGACACGGCUCCAAAAGCAACUUUUUUCUGCCGCCGAUGGAGGGCGAAUCGCCGAGACACCCCCGUGGCGUUCACUACCCGCGAAGCAGCCCCCAUCCUCGGCCGCGGGGCUUAGACCCGAAUCGGAGCGGAACGCCGGAGAGUUUGGGGCCCCAAAGGCCGUCGCCGACGAUGCAGCAGAGGAUCAAGGCGUUGGGAGUGCCCACGCCUUUAGCAAUGUCUAGUCCUGUGAGGAGAUCCAACCCGAGCACCCCGACCCAGCCACGGCGGCCGGAUUUCAUCGGCGUCUCUGCCAACCACCAGCCGGGCAACUACUAUGACUUCCAAGCACAUCCCAACUCCAACCAGCGCCCUGCCAUGUCUCAGGGGGGCUACGGCAGCCCUCAGCGCCGUUUCAUGUCCGAGGGCGAGCUCGUCCGCCAGGAGGCGCAACUGUCCUACCCCCGCUCCAACAACACGGUGGAUAACAUCCGCGAGUUGGCCAACUCACCGCAGCGCGGCGUCUACAUGUGGAAGGACACCUCGCCGGGGUAUCCGCCCCCGCAGCACCCGGACUUCUACCGCUCCAACCCCACCAGCCCCACGCAGCAAGCGUACGCCCCCAGGCCCUACCAUCCGGCCGUGCGGGGCGGCGUCGCCGUCUACCCACCACAGAGUCCGCAGGAGUUUGGUGGGUUGCAGGUGCACCGGAAGGGGGGCGUGGGGACCCCGACAGUGCCGGACAACCGGCGGAGGCCCAUGUCGUUCGUGCGGGCCUUGGAGAUGUCCGAUUCGGUCGAGUUGACAGCCCCCAAUUCGCAGUGUUCGCACUUGCCCCAGCGGCCCUCCACCCCCGACAGGACCAGUGUCUAUGAUAUGAACUAUGAGAUAUCGGUAUAGGGCAGGUGUUGGCACUCACGCGCCGCCGAAUGAGUGCAUUUAGUUUCUCUGCAUCAGAGACCCUCACUAUUAAGUAAACAUUCCGUUUACUACUCAUCCCUGUGUCAUGGACCUAAGACCAACCGUAGUGUGUGUAAUAUAAUCUAUAUGUUAUUUGUUGUUUACAAUGUUUAAAAAGAAUUGUUUAAUUUUGUGUAUCAAGAAACCGUGGCUUGUGUUGUUGUUUUACCGUUGAUUUGACACGUUUUUAUUGUUUUAACCUGACUGUAACUCCACUAACCGAAAGCAGCGGCUCAGGCAUCUUUUCUACAUGAGUUGUUGAGUGUAUUAAUGGUGUAAAUAUAUUUAAGUUUUAGUA